GGCGAGGCAGCCGGGGCGGGCACAGCCGCCCGUCACAGGCCCGGCCCCCGCCCCGGCUCUCGGUCUCCGCCCGGCAGGGCCGAGCGCCCGGCGCCGCGCCCGCCCCUUCCCCUUUCCCUUCCCCUUUCCCUUCGCUUCCCCCGUCCGUGCCCGCGGCGGGGCCCGGGCGGCUCCCGCAGCAGCGCCGGCAGCAGCGGCCGCAGGAGUCAGGCUGAAGAAUAAUGAAUUAAAGUGACUGACAUCAUGACAACCGUAAGACAGAGAAGGGUUGGAAAAGGCACAGAAGCAGCUGAAGAUCAGCCUUCAGAGGAGACAAAUGUGAAGCCUGAUGGGAAAAUUCUGCCUGAUCCUCCAGGUAGAAAGGUGUGGAACAUACUCUCGAUAACUGUUGGUGGAAUUGUUGCCAUCUCUCUUGGACUUCUUACUUCUGUUUAUGUGGCUACACUGCAUGAAAAUGACCUGUGGUUUUCCAAUAUCAAGGAGGUCGAAAGAGAAAUUUCAUUCAGAACUGAGUGUGGACUUUAUUAUUCCUACUACAAACAGAUGAUUCAGGCUGCUUCCAUACAGCAAGGUUUACAUGGUUUAGUAUAUGACAAUAAAACUGAAUCUGUGAGGACAAUUAACAUACUUGAAAGAAUGAAUGUUUACCAGGAGGUGUUUCUCAGCAUUCUGUAUAGGAUUCUUCCAAUUCAGCAAUACCUAGAGCCUGUUUAUUUUUAUAUCUACACUUUGUUUGGACUUCAGGCAGUUUAUGUCAUUGCUCUGUAUGUAACAAGCUGGCUUCUUAGUGGAACAUGGCUUUCAGGGUUGUUGGCAGCUUGCUGGUAUAUUACAAACAGAGUAGAUACUACAAGGGUAGAAUUCACCAUUCCUUUAAGGGAGAACUGGGCACUGCCAUUCUUUGCUGUUCAGAUAGCAGCCAUCACAUACCUACUCAGAACUCAUUUACAGCCUGCUCAACAAAGGCUCACACUGAUGGCUGUAUUCAUAGCAACGUUUCUCUUUAGCUUGACUUGGCAAUUUAACCAGUUCAUGAUGCUGAUACAAGCAUUGGCAUUGUUCAUACUGGACUGCUUGGACAUGCUUCCCACAGCAAAGGUUACAUGGCUCUAUAUCAUUCAGAUUUCUGGGUUACUGCUGGUCUGUGUCCUACAGUUCUUCAAUUCUAUGAUUCUUGGAUCAUUACUUAUAAGUUUUAAUAUUUCUGUCUUAAUAGCAAGAACAAUCCAGAAAAACCUAAAAAAGGGUGGCUUGCUUAAUAGGCUUGGGAAACUUAUCCUCCAUGUUCUACUAGUCUUGUGCUUGACUCUCCUAAUAAAUAAAUUCAUUAAGAAAAUUCUUAAUCUUGAGUCAGAUGAGCAUAUAUUCAAAUUCCUGAAAGCAAAAUUUGGAUUUGGAGCAACAAGAGAUUUUGAUGCUAAUCUGUAUCUUUGUGAAGAAGCCUUUGGUUUGCUACCUUUAAAUACUUUCUCAAGACUCUCCAGUACAUUACUUUUUUACGUCUAUGGAUUUGUUCUCUUCCUUCUGACAGUAGCAGCUGUAAUUGUUGCCUUUCGGAACCUCAGUGGUUCAGAUCAAGUCCAUUUUAAGGAAAAAAAGGAAGAAUAUACAGUGACACUGAAGCCUGAUGCUGCCUACAGCUUAGUUCACACAGUUCUUUUUGGAUGUCUGGCGUUAAGCACAAUGAGGAUGAAGUACCUCUGGACAUCCCACAUGUGUGUAUUUGCAUCCUUUGGCCUGUGCAGUACAGAGGUUUGGAAACUCAUCCUGAAGUGUCUCCAUCUCUACACGUCCCAGAGGACACAGGUGAUUCGGUAUUCUAUACCAAUAAUUACAUUACUUUACAUUUCAUUUAAGUUCUGGCCAGGAAUAAUGGAUGAACUAUCAGAGCUGAGAGAAUUCUAUGACCCAGACACUGUGGAGCUGAUGAACUGGAUUAAGUCAAACACUCCAAACACAGCAGUGUUUGCUGGGAGCAUGCAGCUGUUGGCAGGAGUCAAACUGUGCACUGGACGGACCCUAACCAACCAUCCCCACUAUGAGGAUAAGAAUCUGAGAGAGAGAACAAAGCAGAUCUACCAGAUCUAUGCCAAGCGGUCUCCCGGUGACGUGCACGGCAUCCUGCGCUCCUUUGGCACGGACUACGUGAUCCUGGAGGACAGCAUUUGCUACGAGAGGAGGCACAGCAGGGGCUGCCGCCUGCGCGACCUGCUGGACGUAGCCAAUGGCCACUUUCAACUGAUUGGAAGACAAGGGCAGCAGCCUGUGAAUCUGCUCAGCACUUCAGAUUUUCCUCUGAAAUGGUAAAAAUUCAGUGAAAGCAGCCCAUGCUGCUCCUGCCCUGAGUAAGCAUUGCCUUUCUGAAUCCUAAAAAUAGUCACAAAAUUAAAUUGUCUUACAGUCUGAUCCUUUUUGACAGAUCCUUGUGCUCUUUCAGUGCCUCUUUCUUGAAUUCUUUGGGAAUGUAUGCAGAUACGAGUUUCCAAUUUUGUGAGUGUGAUUGCAGAAUCAGUGAGUGCGGAUUAAGCAAACAAUUUUUAAGAAAAAUAAUCUUUGGUCCAGCAUUUUUAGUGAUCAGAAACAAACUGGUUUAUAACAUUAAGUGUUUAAUGAUGGAGUGUUACGUAUUUUUAGUGAGAAAAAAGGCUGGAGCAUGCUUGAUACAUGUUGUUGCAUGUUUGUAUCCUUGUAAAAUGCUCAGAACAAACAAAAAUCCAAAUUUCUCAGUUUGGAUUCUCAGAACACUUUCCUAUAUAUAUACUUCCUGAACUUCAGGGGAUCCUUUUUCUCCUCGUGUGAAUCCCACUAGGAUAGCAAAAUUGGACAAAAGAACUCAUCUCUAAAGCAGCAGGAAACCAGUUUAUCAAAAUACAUUCAGAUAGUAGAGCUUUGUUUUGUAUUAUUUCAGACACAAAGCCCUAUAUUUUAGCACAAAAUCAUUGUGUCCUUGUUCUUUAGCCUAAAACAGAGACUACCAGUAUUUUAAAAUGACAUGGAAGAUUAAGUGAAGCCAGACCUCAAUGCUGAGAAUUUUGUGAUUUGUUUGUACCCUUUGUCUUUUUACCAGCCUGAACUUUGUGAUUUGUAUCGGAUUUCUAAAUGUUAUGAAGGUACCACAUGAUUUUUGCUGUGUUUUUAGCACUGAUUUGGUUUUAGAUUGAAAUCAAAAAUCAAAUUUGGAAGCCUCACAGUACUCUCCAUCUUGAAUUAGACAUCCACUAGGCUCAUUUGUUUGUUACGAAAAACAGAAUUGUAAUAAUCAAGUGCCUCUAGGCCCAGGUUGAAUUAACAUUUGAACACCUAUAUAAGACUGUUUGUGGCCUGUGCAAAUAAUUCAGUUAUAGUAAUUACCACUGCAAUUAAUUUCUAAUGAUGGGAAACUUGAAGUGCUACAGAUAGCGAACUCCACAUUUAAUUUAAUCAAGAUGUGUAAUGAGAUUAGCUGUCACAACUGAGCUGGGCUCCAAUUCCAAAUGAUGUGUUUUCCCUUUCAGUUGUACAAAGGUAAAUUACCAAAGAGAUGGAGAUGGUUAUGUCACAUGCUUAAAACAAUUUUAUAUUCACUAAAUACUCAUUAAACAAUGUUCAACAUCCUUCUGCCUUUCUCUGUGGCACAGUGUGUUAAAUCACACAACUGACAGGAGCUGGGUUGUUACAUUGAGCAGCUGAAACUCCUGAGUAAUUCCUAGCCUGUAUCCUUUAAUGAGGUUGGAGACCACUGCAGUUUAACAUAAUACAAUAAUAAAACAUUUUCAUCAGUAUUAAAACUUUAAUUAGGCCUGUAAUGAUGCAUGGUGGUUCUUGCUGCAAGCCUGGGUCAGUGAAUCCCUCAGUGAGUGCCUUCAGUAACUGAAAACAAGCACACAAAAGGUAAAAGAUGUCUGGGCUGUAUGGCUUGUUCCAGAAUGCAAUUGGAUCUUUCUGGAGAGGUGCAGUGACUUUCCUUUGGUGGAGGGGAGGGAUUCCCAGGCCCAGUGAUUGAUAGCCUGUUGUCUUCAGAAUUUACUUGUAAGUAACAGCUGAGAUUAAGAAAUCCUGACUGAAACAGUAAUUAUUUUUAAACAGACUUGUUUUUAAAAUGCAGUUUCUAAUAUUGCCAAAGGAGAAGUUCAACCUUUUCAAAGAAACUACCAAGUGCAAUCUGGUUUGUUUGGGGUUUUUUAUACAGAAAGAUGUAUUAUGAGAGAUUAUCAGAAAGGUUUAACACUAAGGGUUAUUCCAGGGACUGUAGUGCAGCAUUCAGACACCAACCUGCUUCAAACAGUAAAUCCAAGUGCCGAGGGCCAAAGGCAUUUCCCAGCUCCAAGGGAGCAGCUCCUCCCUGCCCCUGCUUGAGACAAGGGCUGGGGGAAGGGCUGCACCUCCCGUUCCUGAGGUACCAACUCUGAGAACCAGCAGUGGGAAUGGCAGGGACAGGGCUCCUCCUGAGUGCUCCUUGGUGGCCACAAGGACUUUGUGCUGCAUGUCAUCAGUGGGACUGUGGUAUAAAUUACUUUUUUUUUUUAGAUUGCAGAGACAAAAUGCUAUCAAGGAGCCAGGGCUCUUUUAGGAGAGAAAAGCCUUUGAGAUCCAUAAGUGUAUUUUCAUUUCUUGUUUCAGUGUUCUGCUGGUGGGAUCUAACAUAGUUAUUUUAUAAUACGUUGUUGUAAAGAGACGUAACAACUAUUGUAUACUAAAUAAAUUGUGUAAUUUGAAAGUCA